AUGAACGAAGCCUCCAACGACUCCGACACCGACAUGGGCGCCUCCGCGUCGGCGUCUUCGGCGGCCAUGCGCCCCGGCAACAUGUUCGCAUCGCCCACGGCCCACUCGCGCAAGCAGGGCCGCAUGUCUCGCUCCUCGGCGCCGCGGCCCAUAAUAACGCCCACGAGCCCGCUGUCCUCGACCAUCCCGCACAACACACUGCCCUCUGCACCCGCCUCACCGCCGACGCCCGCGCCCAGUCCGACCCCCACCCAGCGAGUCCCGGACUGGAGCACCGCCGCCGAACAUGAGGACUCGCAGAUCAAGAACACGCGCGCGCUGUUCAGCGACAUGAACCGCCCCGAGCGGCUGCGCCUGCUGGGGGAGCUGCUCAACCUGUGCGACAGCCAUGAGCUGAGCUUUGUCGCCGAGUUUGUCAGCCCGCGCCUGAAGAAGGACCCCUUCAUGGUGCUGCCCACUGAGUUGUGCUUCCGGAUACUAGAAUGCGUGGACGAUCCCACGACCCUCGCCCGCGCCUCCCAGGUCUCCAAGAAGUGGCGCGAACUCGUCAACGACGACACCGCAUGGCGGCUGUUGUGCCAGAAGUUCUCGUACAGAGGGUUGUCAAGAGAAGAGAGGAGCGAGGAAGACGAUCCCGGCGACGAAGAGGAGGAGUCAUCCAAGUCGCAUUGGCUACAGCCCAGCCGUGCCUCGCGCUCCGAAGACACGGCCAACAAGGAGCAACUCGACGGCGCCAGCUCGGGUGCAGCAGGAGAAGGAUUGCGGACACAGAGCCUGGACAGGACGUCGAAGCGGAAAGAAAUCCCAUCGAGAUCUAAAGCCACCACGUACCGGUCACAUUUCAAGCAACGGUACCAGGUCGAGACGGCAUGGCGGCAGGGUGGCCACUGCGAUGCGCGCCAAAUCACACCCGAACAGGGUGUCGUCACAAGCCUGCACCUGACCAAGAAGUACAUUGUCGUGGCCCUGGACAACGCCAAGAUUCACGUCUUCGACACCGAGGGCUAUCACCAGAAAACACUACAAGGGCAUGUCAUGGGCGUCUGGGCGAUGGUGCCCUGGGGUGACUUACUCGUCAGUGGAGGAUGCGACCGCGAUGUGCGGGUCUGGAACCUCGCGACAGGUUACCCACAAUUCACUCUCCGGGGGCACACCUCUACCGUGCGCUGCCUCAAGAUGUCCGAUGCACAUACAGCCAUCUCAGGUUCAAGAGAUACAACUCUCCGCAUAUGGGACCUCAAAAAGGGUCUCUGCAAGCACGUCCUGAUUGGUCACCAGGCGAGCGUUCGCUGCCUCGAGAUACACGGCGAUAUUGUUGUGUCUGGGUCUUACGACACGACAGCAAAGAUAUGGAGCAUCAGCGAGGGCAAAUGCUUGCGUACGCUCACCGGCCACUUCAGCCAAAUCUAUGCUAUUGCCUUUGAUGGGAAAAAGAUUGCGACGGGCAGCUUGGACACGAGUGUGAGAAUUUGGGAUCCGACCGACGGCAAAUGCUUGGCCGUGCUACAGGGACACACCUCGCUCGUAGGCCAGCUGCAGAUGCGCGAAGAUGUACUCGUCACGGGUGGCUCGGACGGAUCUGUCAGAGUCUGGAGCCUUGCCGAUUACCAGCCCAUUCAUCGACUCGCGGCGCACGAUAACAGUGUCACGAGCCUGCAGUUCGACAACACGCGCAUCGUUAGCGGUGGGUCCGACGGCCGUGUCAAAGUCUGGGAUCUCAAAAAAGGAACGCUCGUCCGCGAACUCAGUACGCCUGCGGAGGCGGUGUGGCGAGUUGUAUUUGAGGAGGAGAAGGCUGUCAUUAUGGCGGCGAGGGGCGGGAGGACCAUCAUGGAGGUAUGGUCCUUUGCCCCCCCAGAAGACGAUAUUGAAGACUUCCGCUCCUCCUCCCCCAUGAGCAUGCCCGACCACAGCUCCGACGACCUCUAUUCACAACCUCCGCCCGUACGGCCCGUCUCCGCACUUCCUUCCACAGCUUCCGCACCCGCCCUGCAACGGGUGUCGAACGCCAACCCUCCGUCUGAUAACGAUAUCCCUAUGCCCGACGUCGGCAUGACCUCGUAG